AGUUAGAGAAAGAUAAGACUCGCAGGAAGAGCGGACCAAACCGCGAGAUUAAACGGCGACACGGCAAAUUCUGGGCUUUUCCACGGACCUGAGGGGGAAGUACGGUAGCGUCUGUGGGUUUUUACGGUCUUUAAAGGAUUUUAAAUCGUUAAAAAGGUCCGAAAAUGGCAGUAACCGAAGCUGGAUGUGACCUAACUUACUGCAAGAUGCGGGGGAUUGUUGCCGUGUUGGCAGCAUUUAUCAAAGAGAGGAAGAUGGGACUGAACGACUUUAUCCAGAAACUGGUCUCCACUCCACACAUCUGCCAACAUGUGGAGGUGAACAACUUCCUGAAGAUUGACGAGAACCAGAAUGAGGAAAUGGAAAGGGAUGAACUUCCUGAUCCGAUGUAUCUCACCUCACGCAGUUCUCUGGCUGAAGACACACAGAUCAAACCGUGUGAUUUUGACUACCUCAAAAUCAUUGGGAAAGGCAGCUUUGGAAAGGUUCUACUGGCUCGGCACAAAGAAUCCACCAAAUAUUAUGCCGUCAAAGUCCUGCAAAAGAAGAUUAUACUGAAGAAGAAAGAGCAAAAGCACAUCAUGGCGGAGCGCAGUGUCCUGAUGAAGAACAUAAAGCACCCGUUCCUCGUGGGCCUGCACUACUCAUUCCAAACCACAGACAAACUGUACUUUGUCCUGGAUUACGUCAACGGAGGAGAGUUGUUUUACCACCUUCAGAGGGAGAGGAUUUUCUUGGAGCCCAGAGCUCGUUUUUACGCAGCUGAAAUCGCCUCUGCCCUGGGUUACCUGCACUCCCUGCACAUAGUCUACAGGGAUCUGAAGCCAGAGAACAUCCUGCUGGACUCUCAGGGACACAUCGUUCUGACCGAUUUUGGUUUGUGCAAAGAAGGACUGGAACCCAACGGGACCACCUCCACCUUCUGUGGGACACCAGAGUACUUGGCACCAGAGGUGCUGCAGAAACAGGCGUACGACCGGACUGUGGACUGGUGGUGCCUGGGGUCUGUGCUCUACGAGAUGCUCUAUGGACUGCCUCCAUUCUACAGCAGAAACACGGCUGAGAUGUACAACAACAUCCUGCACAAAACUCCUGUCCUGAAGCCCAAUGUCUCCAACGCUGGACGAGACCUUCUGGAAGGGCUUCUACAGAAGGACCGGAGCAAGAGGCUAGGCUACAAGGACGACUUUUUGGAGCUUAAGUAUCACUCAUUCUUCUCUCCCAUAAACUGGGACGACCUCAUGGCCAAAAAGAUCACACCCCCUUUCCUGCCCUCAGUGUCUGGCCCCACGGAUCUGCAGCACUUUGACCCGGAGUUCACCCACCUUCCUGUGUCCUCGUCCCUGAGCUCAGACACGCUGCACCUGACCAGCUCCAUCCGGGAAGCAGCCGGAGCAUUCCCGGGGUUCUCCUAUGGACCACCGGAGGACCACAUAUUUGAGCACUCCCACUUUGUCUGACCAAAUGAAAACUUUCCAGUAACUAUCGAAAAAACUGUCAAAAUGGAAAAAUGAACAAAAAACUGGAAAUGAUCAGCCCGAAAAGAUUUUGGGACCAAUUUCCACAGGUCAAGAUUUUUACAAGGAUAUGUGAUUUCAAAAACUGUUUAUCAGUUUGAAAAGAGAAAUUGAAAACUUAAACAAGGUUCAGUUAUGUAAGGCAAAUUUGCAUUCAUUUAAAUAUAACAAUGUACAAAUGAGACAGAAAUCAUGAAGGUGCAUUUUCAUCAUGAAAAUGCAUUGGCAAGAUACAGUAUUAUAUUCUAAUGACUGGGCACAUUUACACAUGAAUCAGUACAAGACAAUUAAUCCCAAAAUAAGAACUUGCUUCAGUGAUACUACUACUAAUACCCUAAAAGAAAUCAUGUCCUCUUGAACUAAAAAAACAGGUUUUAAAUUACAAAUAAAAACACAUCACACUUUUUUUUUUUUUUUCACAAAAUAUAGCUAAAAAUAAAAAAAAUACCGUCAAAUGGAAAUUUUGUACAUCAGUUCACCUCUGGAUAUUUUUUCUUUGUUAAAUUCUCCUCCCCCCGCCCCCCCCCCCCCCCCCCCUCCUCUUCCCCUCUCCUUCUCUGUGCCAACUCUGCAGCACCUGCUCAAGUUUAAACUAAAGAAAGAAAAGUGCCUGAAGUUCACAAGGUAGUUUAUAUGGAAAAAAAAUUGGGAAGUUUAAUCUAAAAUAUCUUCUUGUCACCAAAAGUUUGUUGUGAUCCUUUUCUUCUACAGAAUUUAAAAUGUGUUAUGUUUCACAGUGGCGGAAAAAUCAAUUGUGGGAUUUCUCUUGCAGCUGCUUUAAUCUGCUUUAAAGAGGGGGGUAUUGUGCAAACUUUUAGAGGUUUCAAUAAUGUUCCCUGAUCAGAAACAUGCCUGAAGAGGUUUUAGAUGUCAUCCAUGCAUGUUUGAGUAAUGUAGCGGGGAGCAAACGGAGGGGAUAUUAAACUUGGACCAACUGCUGCUUUUCCUACAAUUUUUUUUUCUCCAUGAAUCUAUCAAAAUUUUUAACAAAUGUACUUUGUAGAAAUACUUAUGUUUACUUUAAAGAGGGGUUAUGCAAAAAUUGACUUUGAUGUUGUUCCCUCCUCAAAAACAUGCCUGAAGAGGUUUUCGAUGGUCAUCCAUGGAUGUUUGAGUAAUUUUAGCGAUCUCUCAUGGGCACUAUUCGAAAAAUGACAAUUCUCCAUAAAUAUAUAGAAACAUGAUACAAAACUGUACACAGCAAGUUCACAAACCUGAUGUGAUGUGUAGUAGUUUAAUUUGCGGGAUUCAUGCUGAUUGUGUUGUGAUAGCUCUCUGAAGGGGGAGUGACUUAACACAAAAAGCAAAGGAAGGGGAGACUCAAUAGUGACCAAAAACAAAAGUGAAACUUAUAAAACAUGUUAAUACAUUGUCUUGGGUGAAUACAGCAUUUUCAAAACAAUAAAAGGUAACAUGGUGUACUAAAUGUUAUGUGUUGCUGUUAAUACCCCACAGAAGUGUUAUACCCCCUCUUUAAGUCUAGUGUAUAGAACUAUAUGAACCAGCAAUAAUGACAGUAGCACAAGCUGUAUGCAUUUUACUGACUGCUGUUUAAAUUAGAAUAUAUUAAAUUAAAAAUGUAAUGUUAUUUUUGUAUUGCAUCAUGUUGUAGAGAGAAUUUGUGAUGUUUUGUGCCUGUCCAAGGAUGCACAUAUCUGGUUUUCAUUCCAUUGAAAAAAAAUAGUUUGUUUUAAGGUGCAAUCCACUAUUUUGUGUGGUCAUGAGAUGCUAAAAAUGUCAUUUGAUAUGGGAGAAGACACAAGCAACUAACCAGGUUUUCAAACUGUAAAAAAAAAAAAAAAAAGUGUCUAUAUAUUUGACCUUUUUA